AAAGGAGGCCCAGCAUCUGGUGAGGAGCAUGAGGUGCUACCACCCACCCCAUGGCUCUGCUGAAGCCACCCCCCAACUUGUGAGUGCUCCCUGGCAGCAGCAGGUGUGAAUUUCUCAUGGGUAAUGAUUAGAAGCUUGAGGAGGCAAAGCUAUCUUUCCCCAGUACAGAUAUAAAGGGGAGAGCAGAGCAAGGCCAAGAAGCGCUAUGCACAGACUUGGAGCAGAGGUGCCUGGAUAGGGGCGGCAGAACAAGAAGGGAAGCAGAGCCAUGUAUUCAGCUCAACCUAUGUUCCAAGUUUUUCUAAUCGCAGAGCUUUCUUUGCCCAGUGGCUGCCAUAACUGACAGUGAGUGCCUGCCUGGUCCGUGCUGGGAGAACUGGAGCCAUCAGGCCCCCCAGCUGGGUCCCGAAGCCUCAUGCUGGGGGUCUGGUGCAGGUGGGCCCCAUGGCUGUGCCCAGAGUUAGCUCACAGUGACCUCGGCAUUGAGGUGAGCGUGCAGCUGCUUCUCACUGGGGCAGUUACUUUCAGUAGUAAAUGAAUGCUUCUAAAGGCAAUUCAGUAGCAUGAACCUGCUAUUAAAUUCACUGUUGUUAAUUAAAGCUUUCUUCAGCAGGUUUGCAUGGUUUAUUUAAAGGUGUAAACAAGAACCUUGCAUGUAAGGAAGGUGAAGGUUGGUGCUUUCGCUCUGGGAACCGCUGUUUUCCCCACGAGAACAUCCCUCAAAGCCUGUUUCUUUUCUGUUUGAAAUGUUGUGGUCUCCUGUGGAUGGUGAAGUUAUUUGCUGUUCUGAGGCUUUCCUCAUCACUAGGCUGGCUGCACACCAGAGCACUCUGAUGUUCUCCAGGGCCCUGCUGUACUUGUGCUGCCCCGGUUUCUUUUCCUGCCCUACAAGAUGAAACUGCCUGUAGUGCGUACAGCAAAUACAGCAGAGCUGUAGGAAUGGGAUGGAGUUGGAUUAUCAGAAUUAGAUCUGGACCAAAAGCAAAUCCCUGUUAGUGGAACAGGGAUUAUUGUGCCAAGUAAAUAUUGCCUUUUCCUUUUUUUUUUUUUUUUUUUUUUUAAACCUCAGUAACAAUUAAUAGUGUGUAACUUAGUUUUACAGUGCUGGUGUUUAGGAAAGCUCUUGAUGUAAAUAUUGUGCUUGGGAUGAGUGGUCCAUUGGUUGUGUUUCAUUUCUGUGGGAUUCUGAAUGUCUGCAACCUGUGGAGCAGCUCCUAUGGACACAGCCAGUCCUCGGCCCCCUGCUCUGAGAGAGGAGGGCACUGGUGCUUGGGCCCCCCCUGCUGUGACCUGGCCCCAUGGUUCCCAUGUUUCUGGAGCAGGCAGAGCUGGGUGCUGUGGGGCCUUGAGGUGCUUGCCCCAGUUCAGCCCCUGUUCUGCUGUUGGCAUUGCCCAUCCCUCCUUCGAGCUGCAGUCCCUGUGCUCCUGCUGUGUGGUUCCACUGCCCUGUGUCUGGGUGGCUCUCCUGGCUGCUGUGCCCUCUGCAGCAGGUUUGUGCCAGCAUUGGGUCCAGGACCCCCACUGACCAUGGGUAGCCUGUGGCUUUGGCUCUGUCCCCAGGGCUGUGGAUGGCUGCCAGUUUGCAGCCAUUGUUUCCCAGGUUUUGCUUUCCCUGGAGGGGAAAUCUUUCUUUGAGAGGGGAAGUUGCCAUGUUUGUGUGUGUGACCUCUUCGUGAGGUGUCUGUUUAGAAGCUACCCAAACACAAAGCUGUCUGUGGGAUUUAAAAACAACACAAUCUCUGCCCAAGCCCAACUUCACAAUGUUCAAUGACAGACAAAUAAUAGGCUCUUUCCUGCUCACGUGUGUCAUUGUUUCAGGGCUGUCAUGAGCCAGUUCCAUCCGUCCAUGUCCACAAACCUCUCAACAGCUGCUUCCUAUCAAAGGCACACUGGAAAACAGCGGGCUGACAUUUUCCCUUCAGUCAUCUUUGCCACCUGGAAGAAAAACAGCAGCAAAGGAGUGUCCGGUGGUUCAGCUAUGCUUGGCUUUAUUUAUGGCAUCUAUUUAGAGCAAUAAAUGAUUAAAGUUUCAUUGGGCUGAUAAAAACGAUAAUGCAUCUUUGCUGUAAAUCAGCUUUGUGGACAGACAGGGACUUGUUUGAUUGUGGGGAGCUCGUAUUAGGGGGCUGGAUAUCUGCAGUCAGCACAAAUUAUGAUUUCCCCUUUCUCUCUUCUAGUAGUUCUGCUUCCAUUCAGGGUUUCUGAGCUCUGGGAGGAUCUCAUCCUGUUGGCUGUGGGUGGUGGGUCCCCAGACCCCAUUCCCACACUGCUGCUCACAGCUGGAGCAGCUGCACUGCCCUGUGAGAUGGAGCCUGGUGGGAUGUGCCACCUCUGCCUGCAGCCCAGAUUAGGGGCAGGGGAUUAAAGGCCAGGAGAACAUUGUGUCCAAGAAUGCCAUGCAGUACCGUGGGAAUGCCCAGCACGAUGCGCAGGAGUUCCUGCUCUGGCUUCUGGACAGAGUCCACGAGGAUCUGAACAACGUGGUGAAUUACAGCGGCGUGCCUCCACUCAAGCCACCACUGGAGGAUGAUGUGCUCCUUGAGGGACCAGCCUUUCCCAUCAGUAGUACUUUCGUGCAGGAACUCUUUCAAGCCCAGUACAGGUCCUCUCUGACGUGCCCUCAUUGCCAGAAGCAGAGCAACACCUUUGACCCUUUUCUUUGCAUCUCUCUGCCGAUUCCUUUGCCUCACACACGGCCACUCUAUGUCACUGUGGUGUACCAGGGGAAGUGCUCCCACUGCAUGCGCAUCGGGGUGGCUGUACCCAUCGCUGGGACGGUGGCCAGGCUGCGGGAGGCUGUGUCCUCAGAAACCAAGAUACCCACUGAGCAGAUUGUGCUGACGGAGAUGUACUAUGAUGGGUUUCAUCGUUCCUUCUGUGACACUGAUGACCUGGACACAAUUCAUGAAAGUGACUGCAUUUUUGCCUUUGAGACCCCGGAAAUAUUUAGGCCUGAGGGUAUCCUUAGUCAGAGAGGAAUACAUGUGAACAAUAACCUGAAUAACUUAAAAUAUGGCACUGAACACUCACGAACAGUAUCAUACUCUCAAGGAACUGUGGUGUCUGGAAAACUGGAACAGUCCUCUACUAGACAAGGAGCAAAUGACAAGAUUGUCUUGCUGGUGUGUAAUAGAGCGUGCACUGGACAGCAGAGCAAAAGGUUUGGCUUGCCCUUUGUGUUGCAUUUGGAAAAAACAAUUGCUUGGGAUAUUCUGCAGAAGGAAAUCUUGGAGAAGAUGCAGUAUUUCCUGCGGCCUGCAGCCUGUUUGCAGGUCUGUCCAUUCAGCUUGCGAGUGGUCAGUGUUGUGGGCAUAACGUAUUUGCUACCUCAGGAGGAGCGGCCCCUCUGCCAUCCAACAGUGGAAAGGGCAUUGAAGUCAUGUGGACAGGGGGGCACUGCUCAUGUGAAAUUAGUCGUAGAAUGGGACAAAGAAACUAAAGAUUUCUUGUUUGUGAACACAGAGGACGAGUAUAUUCCAGACUCUGAAAGUGUCCGCCAGCAGAGAGAGCUUCAUCACCAACCUCAGACCUGCACUUUAUCUCAGUGUUUCCAACUGUACACCAAAGAGGAGCAGCUUGCCCCAGAUGAUGCAUGGCGAUGCCCACACUGCAAGCAGCUACAGCAGGGUAGCAUCACACUGAGCCUCUGGACCUUACCUGAUGUUCUCAUCAUACACCUCAAAAGGUUUAGACAGGAAGGAGACCGAAGGAUGAAACUUCAGAACAUGGUUAAAUUUCCCCUAAGUGGUUUGGACAUGACCCCUCACGUUGUUAAGCGCAGUCAGAGUAGCUGGAGUCUGCCAUCCCACUGGUCACCCUGGAGGCGACCUUAUGGUCUUGGGAGGGAUCCUGAGGACUAUAUCUAUGACCUGUAUGCUGUCUGCAAUCAUCAUGGCACCAUGCAAGGGGGACACUAUACAGCAUAUUGCAAAAACUCGGUUGAUGGCCAGUGGUACUGCUUUGAUGACAGUGAUGUUCAGCAGCUUUCUGAAAAUGAAGUCUGCAAGCAGACAGCAUAUAUUCUUUUCUACCAGAGACGCACAGCAAUCCCAUCAUGGUCUGCUAACAGCUCUGUGGCAGGCUCCACAAGCUCCUCACUCUGUGAGCACUGGGUCAGCCGUCUUCCUGGCAGCAAGCAGCCCAGCAUUGCUUCUGCAGCAUCAUCACGGCGUACAUCUCUGGCUUCGCUCUCGGAAUCGGUGGAGCUGACUGGAGAAAGGAGUGAGGAUGAUGGAGGUUUUUCAACUCGGCCCUUUGUAAGAAGUGUCCAACGUCAGAGCUUGUCAUCCAGAUCUUCUGUCACCAGCCCACUGGCCGUGAGUGAGAAUGGUGUCAGGCCCUCGUGGUCACUCUCUGCAAAACUGCAGAUGCGCUCCAACUCUCCAUCACGCUUCUCUGGAGACUCCCCUGUACACACCUCUGCUUCCACCCUGGAGAAGAUCGGAGAGGCUGCUGAUGAUAAAGUCUCCACCUCUUGCUUUGGCAGCUUGAGGAAUCUCUCUAGCAGCUACUUGGAGCCCUGUGAUGGUGGCCGGCGAGAACAUAAAGCAGCUCGCAGGGCCCCCUUGGCUGUCAUGGAAGGGGCAUUCAGGGAAGAGCCUGUUGUAAGGACAUCGAGCUCAGAUCUUUCAGAUGGGCUUGGCAAGAGUUCUGAACAGCCAGACAGGAGUCACCCUGCUUUGGACCCUUUUGAUAACAACAAUCAAAUUGCCUUUGUUGAUCAGAGUGAUUCUGUGGAUAGCUCUCCAGUCAAGGAGGUGAAAGCCCCCAGUGGGACAGGACUGGCUCCAGAGAAAGUGGAGGGAACCCCGAAGAAGGCUCACAGCUCCAAGGGAGCUUCUGAGUCAGACAGAAUGAGGAAAGGAAGGACGGUCUUAUCUACCCAAGAGACUAAAGUGUCUCGCUCUUCUCCUCCCCUCAAGAGUUCCCAGAAGGUUUCCCGGUCUAGGAGUAAGACCGAUGCCUCUAGGGCCACUGGGCGACACGGGUCUCCUGCACCCACCCAGGCUAGGAAGGACCAUAGCACCAAGUCUGAGGUGACUGUCCCAUUGGCUCAACAGAAACAAAAGUCAGGUUCUUCUCCAUCCUCCACAGCUGCCAAGAAAGCUGCAUCAGGCUCAUUGACUAAGGGCUCUUCUGCUGGGAAGAGCCGGACUUCAGAACGAAGCCUCAGCAGGGAGGGCUCUAAAAUAAGCCUGGGGUCAGAUAAAACAAGUGUUACCAGCAGUUCGAGAACAAGCUCCCCGCGGAUCAGCCACUCCAGGAGUGACAGCAGGGCAGUAGACAGCAAGCACACGCGGAGCUCCUCUAUGGCAAACCUGCGGUCUCCAAAUGUUGGUAUGCGUUCUGGUUUGAAGAGAGACAGCAAAUCGGAAGAGAAGGGAUUGUCUUUCUUUAAAUCAGCCUUGAGGCAGAAAGAGACCCGUAGGUCAGCUGACCUGGGAAAGACAACGAUGCUCUCAAAAAAGGCAGCGAGUGGCAGCUCCAAAUCAGCCAGCAAAAACGCGCUGGAGGACAAAUCUGAGAAAGGUGGUGUCCCACCAGCCUCUCAAACCAAUGCCAACGUUACUGCAAAAGAAAAACAUGUCCCAAAAGAUGCCGCACCCAACAAACAUUCUCUGCUGUCCAGCCGCAAGUCCAAGUCUUCCCUGCUAGAUCCUGGAGCCCGGUCUCCUCCUUCCAGUGGCAAGCAGGCUGCAGACAAGCCACUGAAAAGGUUACCUUCCAGCAUGCAGGUGUCUGUACGGCCUUCUAUGGAACCUCAGUGAAAUGCUGCAAUCCAGGUGUCUUUUCUGCUGAGAAGCUAAUUUAUUCUGAGCUCUUGUUUUUUGUUUUUGUUUUUUGUUCAUGUGCCUAAUGUAUGUUUUGAGGAGAAGUUAACUGCAAGUUGUUAAAGCGCCUUUUGAUUCUGCCAUCAAACCAAAUAGCCACAGGCAGCCAGCACUGAUGCAAGUAGGCUAGCUGGAGUCGUCAUUGAACGUGAAUGCAGCUGUCCCGUAGCACUUGUACAGGAGUCUCUCUAUAGAAAAUGCAUCAACUUCUUUCAGGCUCGAAGUCUGAAACCCAGUUGUACUGACACUGGUGUGCUUUAUAGAGCUGUGAACUGAUACUCCUUUAGUCUUGUUCUGAGCAGGCUGUUUCCACAUCGGAUUGCAGCCUUGUUCUGAGCUGGGAGGAUGCGAAGGAAACCAGACAGAAGAGACUGCCGCUGCUUAUGCUCUCUCUCAACCCUUUCUCCCUACUCCCUAUCAUUUUCAAGCUUUCUAAAGGGCAAUAUCUCAACACUAAUGUUGUUUCUCAGGUAUAUACUCAGCCAGUAUAGGAGGGACUAGCAUUAGUGGAUGGACAGAAAGGUACCUGUGUGUCUGCGUAUGUGUGUCUUUAUAAUAGAUACCAUUCUUGCAUUCCAACAGCAGAAAGAUAUAUUUUUUUUUUCAUAAAGUGUAAUCUGCUUUUUUGUUGUUGCUGUGUCUGCAGAGAGUUUUACUCUGUCCAUACCUAAGACAACCUCUAGCCUGUCCUCUUUAAUUGCUUUCUCUCUUCCAAAAUCCUAUACUAAGUGACGGAAGCCACUGAGCAGCAGCUGGUCACCAGCUUGUACCUGUGAGAGCACAGGGUGGAGAUUGUUACAGUGCCACAAGAAACAGCUGUCUUAGUGUCUGGAUGGCAGUGGUGCUGUACAGAGCACCACUGUACCUCCUGAGAAGAAGCUUCUGUGCUUUGAUGCUUAAUUGUAGUGGUGUAAUAUGGCAUCUGCUGUUUAUAGGGGUAAUAUUUAGAUAAGCAAAGUGUUGUCUCACCUUCUCUGCCUGCUCUGAGCGUGCCCUUAGCAAGCUGUCCCAUGUGGGCUGCAGGUGCCUGGGUGCUGAGGAGCAGCCACGCUGCAGAGCACUGCUGUACUCCUCCCUGCCUGGCGCUGGGGUGAAGCAUUGCUGGGCCUUGUGGUCAUGGUGGGCUCUGUCAGGGGUAAAGCACUGCAUUUGUGACGUCUUUGUUUACAUGCCCUUCUGAAAGGGGAGAGUCCUCACACUCUUCAAGAUUCCUCCUAGGAGGAGGAUUCUUCUAGUCCUUUUAUAUACACGUGGUAUAAUUUUUUUUUUUUGUAAUUCAGUGAGUUUUUAUUAAUGCUCUGCAUAUCCUUUACGUACAGCAGCAGCCUGUUGUGUGCUUGUCUGUCGGUGGGGUCCUUGCCUGCCUUGUUGAGCGAAGCUUCUCCAGGCUGAGCUGUGGGCAGCCCUGCUGGCACUCCUCUGUUGGCACUGUGGCAGGUGGCCCUCAAACCAGCACUUCUUUCAGCUGGCCUCUUCCACCUGCUCUCCUGGCUGCUGUUGGGUCCCUGCAAGGAGCCUCACCUGGGGCAGUUGGGCACACGGCUGCUCCCUGACCCUCCUCUUACCCAGCUCACUGCUUUGGAGCUCAGUGUGCUCAGUUUGAGGUGGCUGUUACCUUGGAGCUGAGGAGUUGGCCUGGGAUGCCACAGAGCUCUGCUGGUGUGUGGCUGUGAGCCCACCUGCAGCACAGCCCUUGCUCCAUUCCAGCUGUGCUCUGCAGGGCCUACCUUUGUGCAGCACAGAAGCAGUGCCAGUGACCUGCAUGUUUUUACGAUGUGUUGGACUCUGUGCCCUGGGCUAUUUUUUAAGCCUAAACACAGCCAUCUUGAUCUAUUUCUUCUCCCAUGCAUUGUUUCCUUCUCAUUUAGUGCAGCACAAGAAGCGAAGAUUGCAUUACUUGCUUCUUCCAUGUAUAACUCAGAUUAUUCCUGGAUUACUUUUUGUUGUAUUCAGCAGAUCAGAUAGGACUUGCUUCACGUUGUGGUACUUAAAUUACUCCCGUAAUGUCGAUAUUGAAAUACUUAAGAUUUUAUCUGUAUUAAGAUCUUGCACCGUGUUGGCUCUUCUCUUGUAACAACUCCUCUAGCAAGAAUGUAAUUCUGGAAGCUACUGCUAACUUGGUUUGAUAUCUUUUUAAUAAGACAGAACCUCAUUUUCUGUGCACUUCACCAUGGGAUCACUUGUGAAAGGUUAUUUUUAUCAAGUGACAUUUUCUUUUCAUGUCAUCCAUCUUUCACUGGAGAAGUUGAAACUGGAAGCUGAUUGUGUGGUUUUUGAGGUGUCUUCAGCUGAUGCCUGUGCUGAAGGAAACUUGAAGCCAUGUCCAAGCUGGCAUUCUGCUGAGUGCCAGUUAGUAUGUCUGUGUUUGGGGCACGAGAGUGGUCACGAGAGCUGCUGGUUGGACAAAGAGGGGAUGAGAGGUUGUGGUGCCAAGCGUUCCUGUAGCUGAGGUUAGAAACAGUCCAAUCUCUGCAUUGCUGUGAGAAGUCUCCAGCUCUUCUUUCUCUGCUUACUGUAGUUCCUGAUGGCAGUCGCUGCCAGCUCCAGCACUGGCUGCUCUCUGCAUGCUGCCUGUUUGGAUCUCUGCCUGUCCCUUUGGAAACAGAAGCUGUAGUGCACCGAGUCAUUGCGCUGUGAACAAGCAUAGGGUGGGCUGAGUAGCUGAUAGUGACAGUGCCCUCUUCCUGUUGAUCUGUUGUCUUAGAGCACAUUUUCUGGCUCAGGAGGGCAGGACUUUGAGCAUCCUCGAGCAAAGUGCUUUGAUCUAGCAGGGUGCACUGUAGUUCUUGUUGAAUAUAAGGUAGACAUCAGGCGUGCAAAGCUUGCCUGUACAGGACCUGGAAGAUGCAAUCCCUGUUCUUGUGGCUGUGUUGAUUCUGUGAAACAGCAGUUUGGGAAGUAGCUGCCUGCUGCCACUCAGCAUCCUCUGCUCCUCAGUGUCACAGAUCCCCAGCAGCGUAGGAACUUUCUCGGGUAGGAGAGGGCUGAAGGAUGUGGGCCCAGGAAGCAGCAGUGUUCCUGAUGGUUUAAAGCCACACCUGAUUGCUGUUAAAACCUUGGUUGCACGGGGGGUGGAGGGUAGACCUCUGCCCAGUGCCAGAGCUUUGCUGGAGUCACCUACAGAAGUUAUUUUUACCCUCUUUGGGCUUUGUCUUUUGGAUAGCGUUUAGUAGUGUACAAAAUUAUAAGCACAUUUUCAAUGAUGUGUAUUAAAGAGGCACCUUUUAUUUGUAUUAAUCACAUUUGAUAGACAAUUUGGUGCCUGCAGUUCUUGGUAAAUUGUAAAUGUCUCACUUUGGGUGUAUAAAUUGUUAACCCGUUCGAACUUAUCAAAAAAGGCUACGUUAAAAAACAAAAAUGCUUAGGAUAGAAAACUAGCAGCUUAAUGACAAUACACUUACUCCACUGCAAGUG